AUGUCACGAGGCGAAUACUCUGCCGUGAUCCCCUCGUCGGAUGGGAACGAGUCGUCUCUGCACCUGGCCGUGCCUCGAUCACCUGCAUCGCCCCCGACUUCGCCGCGCCAGCGUCAGCGAAGGACGUCGCAUCCCAGCUCGAACGACGGCGAUGAGGAUGAGCAUACCUCGCUUAGGGCUGGGGAAGGGGAUGAUUUGGUCGUGUACGAACAGGAUAUCGAUGACAAGGAGGUCGGACACGCCUAUGUCGAUCCUACGGCGGCUCAAGUCUCGCCGACGCUGGACCGGUCUUGGCUCGCCGCAGUCAGUUGGCCCGUGCACCCGUGUUCGGAGGGGCUGCAUCUUGUAUUGAGGGUGAGACUGACAGUGAUCUUUGGGUACAGGUCUCCCUACGCACGGUGCUGCUCUCGAUCCUCUCGAUCGUCGUGCUGCUGCUCAUGAUCCUCCUCUUCCACCCCGCCUCACCCUACGCCUACCACUUCAACUACCCUUCCUCGGACUACUACAAAGGACAUCCCGAACUCAAACCGGGAACGUUCUCGUCCAAUCCUGCGCUGGCCAAGAACCCAUUACCCGAGGACGCGCAUUUCAAUGAUGUGCCGUUCGCGCAGGUCGGCGAUAAUCGCUUGGCGCAUGAUAAGCAAACGCCCCAUUGGGCGGGUGGGGAUGGCGGAGCGGCCAAGGAGGAAAAGGAGAAGACUAGUGGGUGGAGGUCGAAUGGCACGCAUUGGUUCGGUGAGUGGGGCAAGCGAAGGAGCGCAUCUGAGCAAGGCAUCGUACGCACGUCGGGGACGAGCUAACCCCCUCGACUUGGCGCACGAUUCAGAUCGAACGGUCAUUCUCGUCUCGCUCGACGGCGUUCGAUCCGACUACCUCACACGCAACCUCACACCCCAUCUCCUCUCCGUCUCCAAAAAAGGACUUCGCGCCGAAUCGCUCCAACCCUCAUUUCCGACGUUGACGUUCCCGAACCACUACUCGUUGAUCACGGGCCUGUACCCUUCGAGCCAUGGGAUCAUCGCGAAUGAUUUCUGGGACCCCAAUUUGGGCAAGGAGUUCGUGUAUACCAAACCUGAACAGAGUUGGGGUCCGGAAUGGUGGGGCGGGGAACCGGUACGUUUCGGGGGUUUUAGCCUUUGGCACUGUCGAGAGUGGAGGCUGAUGAUUUGCUGUGUGGACGGGUUUAGAUCUGGUCUACGGCCGUCAAGAAUGGGUUGAAGGCGAACGUUCUCAUGUGGCCAAGUGAGUAGUUUCAUUCAAUCAAGCACUUGGAUCGUCAGGUUGACAAGUCGUUCUUCACCACCACAGGCCCUCCGAUGAUGGCCGAUGGCACCAAACCGACUCGGUGGUACGCGUUUCAUGACCACUACCACUACUCGCGCAAGCUUUUGCAAAUCGCCUCCUGGCUCGACCUCCCGCAUACCUCCCGCCCCAACCUCAUCCUCGCCUACGCCCCCGAAGUUGACCAAGAAGGCCAUCGUACCGGACCUGAUUCCAAAGCGCUGGAAGACGAGUUGUUGGAGAUGGACGAUUUUGCGAAAGGGCUGACGGGACUUUUGGAGGAGAGGAAUUUGACGGAGGUGGUGGACGUGGUGUUCGUGAGCGAUCAUGGGAUGACGGGCACGCAUAAUGAGCGAUUGGUGUUUUUGGAUGAUAUUCUGGGAAAGGAAGGGUUCGAAGGGAUCUUGACCGCUGAAGGUGAGUGGUGGAUGGUGGCAUAGGUUUCAGGGUGGAGGGGAUGAGCUGACAGGGUUUUCUGCGCCUAGGAUGGCCAUCCGUUGGUCUGCGGUUCAAACCCGACAUCGACGCGGAUCUGAUGCUUUCCAAACUCCGUCAAGCCGCGACCGAAUCCAAGGGAGGCUUCAACGUCUACACCCAAGAGGACAUGCCCGAAAGAUGGCAUUUCACAGGCAACGAGGUAGGUCAGGUGGUCAAUCUUACCCAGGUCGAGGAUGAACCUCGAAACUGAGGUGGGACUUUACUCGCAUGGUUCUGCAGCGUAUCGCGCCGAUUUACGUCGUUCCUCAUCCUGGGUGGGCGAUCACGAAUCAUCAUGAAUUUGAGGUCGAGAUGAAGGGCCAAUUUACGCCUGCUGGGUAAGUGAAGUUCUGGAGGACUUUGCAACUGCUCGCGAGUCAACCACUCAUUCGCCAUGCCGACCUCUUUUUUUUGGUUUUGUGCUCGCUUAGAAAUCAUGGCUACGACAACGCCGACCCGGACAUGCAAGCCAUCUUCAUCGCCCACGGCCCCUUCGCAUCGCGUCUCAAAUCUCAAACCCUCGAACAGAACCCCAACCUCAUCAAACGGACCGUCCUCAGCGAACGUGCCGAGGGGGUUCUGGAGAAGGAGGAAAUGACGUUGAUCCCGGCGUUUGAGAAUGUUGAGGUGUAUGAUCUGUUGUGCGAAUUGUUGGAUAUCAAGGAGGACAAUAGGGCGAGAACGAAUGGGUCGACAGGGUUUUGGAAGAAGUAUUUGGAGUAG